AUGGACGACCACGGGCCGGUCCCCGAAGCCAACAUGGACGAUGACGGUGCCGGUUCUCUUCCCGACGGCCACAUCAGCGCCAGCGAUGGCCCCGAUACCGAGCUCGCCGAGGAGCACGACCCGCCCGCAGCGAACAUGCAUGUCGGCCAGGACGAAGCCACGGACGAAGGCGGACCCUCUACGCCCGAGUCUGUGGAUUCGACACGCCCCCAAACGGGCGAUAAGGGCACCGAAUACAGCCUGGCCACUGACCCCCCCGCUGCGAAACUUCAUUUAUUUCCUAUCGAGGUGCUUUUAAGCCCACCGCCCGACCCGGACUCCUACGCAAAAGUGGCACUGCCACCGAGCUGGGUGGUCCUCAGGGUUAUUGAAGAGAUCUAUUUCGGCGAUGAAACAUGGUAUAGUGUCGAGUUUGAUGACGGUCGAGUAGACCAGCUUGCAUACGACGACCUCGCGGCGAUGGAGCGAGGCUCACAUGCCUUGAACAGAUUUCGGAGGGGCCAUGAUUAUGGUAUAGAACAGGCAAGCAUGGCGUCGACCGGUUUCAAGCGCCGCCGCGACGAUUACGAAUCAGAUGGUUCAGGGGACGGCGACAGCGCCCCGCCAACCAGGCCUCUUCGGCGUAGCACCAGACAGAAGACAACUUCCCGACAGCACUCUGUCGAGAAUGAAACCUACGGCCACGACGAUGACCUCACUGGCAUCGGAAUUUCCGAAGAUGACGAUAACGACCCUUUCGAGGAAGCCAAGCCCGGCCUGGGCCCGAACAAGAGGACUACCCGAGCUGGAAACUCGACCAAGAAGAAAUACACCUACAACUUCCAGUCUUCCGACGAUGAACUGGCGAACAAUGUGAAUGAUGAUAAGGACGAUUUCGUUCCUGUCCAGUCUGAUAUCAUGCCAAAGUCGUCCAGCCGCCGGCGAAAGGGCCGACUCAGGCUCUCUCGUCCACAACAGAGGCGCAGGAACGGUCGGGAAUCCUCGAUUGAGUUCGAGGCUACGCGAAAGUCCGGGCGCACUAAGCAGGCAACAAGCUAUGUUGUCCCGGAUAUCGACGAUGAGUACGAGGCAGUGGAGGAGAGGACUACAGUCGCCCCAAAGCACGUCUCAGUGAAGGAGAUAUUCCUUCCCUUGCCUCGUGACUCCGAAUUCGUCCACAUGCACAUGAUUACGUGUGAUACAUGCGGCGGGGACUCCCGCUCUGGCAAAGGUCCCCUCAUCCCCUGCCAAGGCUGCUCACUAUCAUUCCACAAGGUGUGCCUGGGCCAACGAUCACAGAGAGAGCACAGGGUCACCAAGAUUGGCACCGACAGUUUUGUCCUUCAGUGUCGCACGUGCAUAGGCACAUACCAGAACAAAGAUGCACGCGCACCCAAUCAUGCGAUGUGUCAGACCUGCAAGUCGGACGGGGCGUCUUGUGCAGAGUUUUCGACCAAAAAGACUCCCAAGUAUGAAGAGCGAUUGCGCCAAGAGAACGGUGGUGAGGACCCAGUCACUGAUGUCCAGCCUGACCUCAUCAACAACUCCGAUACGGUCUUAUUCCGCUGCACUGCUUGUAAGCGUGGUUAUCAUUUUGAGCACCUCCCUCCCAUGACAAAAGAUGAGGUGCUACCAGAGGAUCUUCGUGCCAACCGCCUGGAAGAAUAUUCCAUGGUGGAUUGGAGAUGCAAAGACUGCGUCGACUCACACCACAAGAUACAGGCUUUGGUUGCUUGGCGCCCAGUAGACCAAGGUUCUUACCAGGCUGGGGCCACUUGCUUCGAUUAUACGGAGGAUCAGAUCGAGUACUUGGUUCACUGGGAGAGACGCUCGCACUUCCAUGAUACCUGGAUGCCAGGUGCAUGGAUCUUUGGCACCUCUGCGAGCACCAUGCGUGUCGCCUUCAACAAGCGUGAAGAAACCAUGCUGCCCAAGUUUACUUCUGCGGCUGCCAUUGACGAAGAAUGGCUUCUCCCAGACGUCCUUCUGAACGUUCGCUUUGGCCGCAACGUCGCAAGCAUGAGCGAGGCUAAGGCCCUUUCCCGUAUUUCUGAUGUGAAGGAAGUAUUCGUCAAGUUUCAAGGACUGAGCUACACCGAGUCUGUUUGGGAUGAGCCUCCCCCCAAAGAUUCUGGUGCUCCGUGGGAUGCUUUCUGCGCGGCCUACGAGGAGUAUAUCCACGGCCUAUACUUUACGCAUGUUCCCGAUCACAAGAUGGCGGAGCGAAUCAAGCAGUACCGCGGCCUCCACUUUGUCAAAGAGUGCCAGCUUAAGACACAGCCACAAGGAUUGAAGCGCGGGAAGCUUAUGGAGUAUCAACUCGAGGGUGUGAACUGGAUGCUCUUUAAUUUUCACCAAGCCCAGAAUAUCAUCCUCGCAGACGAGAUGGGUCUCGGCAAGACUGUUCAGGUGGUAUCGCUCAUCACGUCUCUUGUCCACGACAAGCCUAACUGCUGGCCAUAUCUCAUUGUCGUUCCCAACUCCACCUGUCCAAACUGGCGUCGCGAACUGAAACAGUGGGCGCCUGAGCUACGUGUAGUGACCUAUCAUGGCGGGAGAGCUGCCCAAGACCUUGCGUACGACCACGAAUUGUUCCCCGAUGGUGUCAAAGCUGGAAUGAAGGCUCAUGUCGUCAUUAUGUCCUACGAGGCAGCUCAGGACUGCAAGCAGGCGUUCCGUACUGUCAAGUGGGCAGGCCUGGUGGUUGACGAAGGUCAAAGAUUGAAGAACGAUCGCAGCCUGCUAUACCUUGCGUUGAAAGAGAUGAAAAUUCCAUUUCGGCUGCUGUUAACUGGCACACCCCUCCAGAACAACAAACGCGAACUGUUCAAUCUUCUGCAGUUCAUCGAUUCGAAACAUAAUGCUGAAGCACUAGAUCUGGAGUAUGCGGAGGUCACGAAAGAGAAUCUCCGUAAACUCCACGCUUUGAUCCGACCCUACUUCCUUCGACGAACCAAGGCGCAGGUCCUGAAAUUCCUUCCACCCAUGGCGCAGAUCAUCCUGCCCGUCACCAUGACCUACCUGCAGGAGAAGCUUUCCAAGUCCAUCAUUGCCAAAAAUCCCGAUCUUAUCAAAGCCAUCAUUUCGAAAGGGAGAGUCAAGCAAGGAGAGCGCAAAGGAUUGAACAACAUCCUCAUGGAACUGCGCCGUUGCUUGUGUCACCCAUUUCUCUUCAGCGACAGUGUUGAAGAUCGUACCAUCACGGACCCCGAAAAAAUUCAGCAAAACCUUGUUGAGGCCAGUGGCAAGCUGAUGCUCUUGAACAUCAUGCUUCCCAAGCUCAAAGAGCGUGGUCAUCGUGUCUUAAUCUUCAGCCAGUUCCUUAUGAGUCUCACCAUCAUUGAGGAUUUCCUGACAGCUAUAGGUCUGCAACAUGCACGCAUCGAUGGCAAUCUCUCUGCCCUUGAGAAGCAGAAACGUAUCGAUGCAUUCAAUGCGCCAGAUUCACCCCUAUUCGCAAUGCUGCUUUCCACACGUGCUGGCGGUGUGGGUAUUAACCUUGCAACCGCGGAUACUGUGAUUAUCUACGACCCCGACUUCAACCCCCACCAAGACAUACAGGCCCUCUCAAGAGCUCACCGUAUCGGGCAGAAGGACAAGGUCCUCUGUUUUCAGAUGACAACCAAGGAUACCGUGGAGGAGAAAAUAAUGCAGAUAGGACGCAAAAAGAUGGCCCUUGAUCACGCAUUGAUCGAGAGCAUGGACGCGUCUGACGAUGCAGGCGACGGCCUCGAAUCGAUUCUCAAGCAUGGUGCGGAAGCAUUGUUCAGCGGAGAUGCUCGGGACAGGAUCGUCUAUGAUGAGGCAUCUGUUGACAAACUACUUGACCGCAGUCUGAUCGAGAGCACGAACGCCGGCGAAGACGAAUCAGCAGAAUCCCAAUUUUCGUUUGCCCGCGUCUGGGCUAACGACGAGGGCACCCUCACUGCUAAUAUUACUGAAGAUACCGAAGAAAACAACGGGCAAGUUGAUUCAAGUGUUUGGGAGAACAUCCUCAAACAGCGGGAGGAGGAACACGAGCGGGAGCUUGCCGCCCAGCGACAAGAAUACGGCCGCGGUGCUCGUCGUCGCAAUCAGGAUAUCCGCUACGACGGAGUAGGUGCUUUCCUUGAAGGCAUUAAUGAUGACUUCCUGACAGCAGAGCAGUCUCACGUGCAGGGCGAUAUCGACAACGACGCUUCAUCGGAGGGAGACGGCGACUUUGUGGGCAAAGAUGCGUCCGAAGACAGCGGCCUCGAAGAAGAGUAUUCAGAAAACUCAGCUGGGGCCAAACGAAACAAAGGGGCCAAGGCCAAGGGGAAGGCCGCGAAAGCCCCGGCCGGACGGGACCAAUGCAAGCCCGGAAGUUCGCCGAAGGCCGAAAACGGACAAGGCGACAACACCACGCGUGCCGAAGAACCAGAUGUCCCAACACAUACUCCAGCCGCCGGCGCAAGCCCAGCCACUCAAGGCUCCGAACUCGAUCCCACGAAAGCAACAGCCGAGUCAGCAGACGACACCGCACCCGUCGAUGGUACCAUCGCAAACUCCCACGUUCCUGCCAUCGGGGUAUCCGCAGAUGAGCCAGUUGCUGUCUCAACCUCCCCGGAAUGCUAA